UUCUUUUAAUUAUUGAUAUGCAUAUUAAGUAUGCAUCGCAAGAAUAAAUUUUAUGCAUAGCCAUGCAUUUCACGAUUUUAUUAUUUUCCGUGCAUAAAGCGUUACUAGCGUUACUCUUGGGACUUAACAAUUUUUCCUCUUCUUUCGUUUGCUUUGCUGGUAAAGAUUCGUCACUGCACUGACGCUUAAAAAAAUUGGUUUUUGAAGUGCAUUUUUUUCACGUUUGCUCGAGUUGCAGUUUUCCAGUUUCGUUCCGCCGGUAUUUGCGGCUAAAUUAGGAUAAAACGGGUCAAAAUAGAUCCGAAGUUGCGUGGGAUAUAGCAGUCAUCCGUGUGCGGGAGGUUGAGCCACAGCAAAUUAAAUCCAAUUUGCACUGCAGGAACCGACUCUGAACUAAUUUAUUUCAACCGGCCCCAAAUCAAUAAUCGUACAAAGAACCGUAUGAUGGAACCAGUAUACGAAGAACUUGGGCAAGAUGUUGGGAAUAAUUUGAAAGGCUGACUUUUUUUGGAAACACAGCGGUCGUAGCAAUGGAGAACACACAGGAUACAUUCAAAAUUGGGUUCGAAAUCAACAGAACAAUGCUCCUAAAACUGUUCGACGUAAGCGACAGGCAGCUCCAGAAUUGAAUGAAGAUGAAUUGCAAGCAAUUGAUGAACUAUCCGCAUUCGACAGUGAAAGAGAUUACCAGAAUGUCUCCCAUCUGGUGUCCAAAACAUUACCCUAUCGCCAAAUGCUACGUCAGCGGAAAAUUGCUCCUUCGAUGUUAUGUAUGGAAUUCUCACACCUGCUGAGGCAUGGUAUCAUAAUGAUAAUACUCACCAUUACUUUGCAAGAGCAUUUUAUGGACCCCUUUCGUUACGCAGAGUUUUCCUUAUUAUAUUAUUGAUUGCUUUUUUUCAGAUCGAUGAUGAGUUUGAUCGAAUGUAUCCAAACAGAAACGCUAUUGGAACAAUUUCUUCAAUUUCGUCGUUCUGCAUGAUGCUCGAUCAUUCUUACAAUGAGAUAGCUUGUCCCUCGAUUCAAGCAUUGCUGAAGGUGAUGUCCGAACUAACAUCGCAAGGCAAUAUUCGCAAAGCGGAACCAUCAGGAUUACCACCUCUCGAAGAAUUCGCUUCAGUAUUUGUUAGAUGGCUGCAACCGGGAACCGACAUCGAUCAUUUCCUUGAACAUGUCCCAGGGGAGCCACCGUAUAUCCUAUGUUCAACAAUGGCCUUCGCCGAAAAUAAGUAUUAUAUUGUUGUUUUGAGGACGGCUUUUGAUUGUGGAUUUAUGUUCGUUGAGGCUUUAGAUUUACUUAUUAAGGCAUAUAAAGUUUUCAAUUUCGAAGUACCAGGAAAGGCUAAGAAAGUUUUGGAGUUUUUUGACCUAAUCUAUGGAUUGCACUCAAAUAGUAGACUUAGCAGUGUAAAUAAUCUUUUUGCAAAAAUUAAGUCAGCUACUAACAUGUAAAAUUAGAUUUAGGUGAUCCCAUAAUGAUCAGGUCUUAGAAACCUUAGAAUAUUCGUCGCAUAUUUGAAAGAUUUUUAGUGUCACCACUUAGCUCCUAUGAUCUGGAACUAAAACAUGUAAGAACAAAUGAUAAACUACUGCUACUGUAGGUAUUCUAUGGGAAUCCCCAUACAUGUGAAAGUUGUGCGUGGAUACUAUAAAAUCUUAUAAAAUCCUUGUAAUAAACAUUAAAAUCGAA